GUUUUUCAUCUCGCUCAUUGCUCCUGAUCAUACGGUGGCUUUUUAAACAUUUUCAUGAUGGCGGAGGACAGUGAAUCCGCUGCCAGCCAGCAGAGCCUGGAGCUGGACGACCAGGAUACCUGCGGGAUAGACGGAGAUAACGAGGAAGAGAAUGAACAUAUGCAGGGAAGUCCGGGGGGUGAUGUGGGGGCCAAGAGGAAGAAGAAGAAGCAGAAGAGGAAGAAAGAGAAGCCAAGCUCUGGAGGAGCAAAGUCUGACUCUGUCGACUCUCAGGAGAUCAAGAACCCUGGUUUACCCAUUCAAAAGCUACAGGACAUCCAAAGAGCCAUGGAGCUCCUGUCCUGCCAGGGUCCAGCAAAGAACAUUGAUGAAGCAGCCAAGCACAAGUAUCAGUUCUGGGACACACAGCCGGUGCCCAAGUUAAAUGAAGUGGUGACAAGUCAUGGGCCAAUUGAACCUGACAAAGAGAACAUCAGGCAGGAGCCGUACUCCUUACCUCAAGGCUUCAUGUGGGACACCCUGGAUCUCAGCAAUGCAGAUGUCUUGAAGGAACUGUACACACUGUUAAAUGAAAAGAUGGAGGAUGAUGACAACAUGUUUAGGUUUGAUUAUUCGCGUUUUCUCAAGUGGGCACUGCGUCCACCUGGCUGGUUACCACAGUGGCAUUGUGGAGUGAGAGUGUCCUCAAAUAAGAAGCUUGUGGGCUUCAUCAGUGCCAUCCCAGCAGAUAUCCGCAUCUAUGACAUGGUGAAGAAGAUGGUUGAAAUCAACUUUUUAUGUGUUCAUAAGAAGCUACGUUCAAAGCGUGUGGCUCCAGUACUAAUCAGAGAAAUCACACGCAGAGUGAACUUGGAGGGGAUUUUCCAGGCAGUAUAUACAGCUGGGGUUGUACUGCCGAAACCUGUGUCCACAUGCAGGUAUUGGCAUCGUUCUUUGAACCCCAGAAAGCUUGUGGAAGUUAAAUUCUCUCACCUGAGCAGAAACAUGACGCUGCAAAGAACCAUGAAACUCUACAGACUGCCAGAUAGUACAAAAACUGCAGGACUGCGACCAAUGGAAAGGCGUGACAGCCGACAGGUCACUGAGCUCCUACAAAAAUACCUGAAACGCUUCCAUUUGGCGCCUUCCAUGGGAGAAGAGGAGGUGGCUCACUGGUUCUUACCACAAGACAACAUAAUUGACACAUAUGUAGUCGAGGGAGCUGGUGGUAUAUGGACAGAUAUGACUAGUUUCUACACUCUACUACCCUCACUGUGAUGCAUCACCCUCUCCAUAGGAGUCUAAAGGCUGCUUAUUCCUUUUACAACAUUCACACUCAGACCCCCCUACUGGACC